AGAACAGGCAGUCCGCGGACUGUGCCCCGCCCUUGGCUCGCGCUGGGCGAUUGUGAAUUUGACACCUGUUAGUUUUAGGUUCCCUAGGUUUCAAGACUGAAGAAAUGGAUGACAUAUUUCAAUAUGUGAGGGAGGGCAAUCCCUUCCAUGUUCGAGUAUGGCUUGAUGAUACAGAGCAUGACAUGAAUGAGGGUGAUGACCACGGCUUCAGUCCCCUGCACUGGGCAGCCAAGUACGGCCACGUCGGCAUCGUGGAGAUGCUGAUCCAGCGGGGUGCGCGCAUCGGCGCCACCAACAUGGGCGACGACACGCCGCUCCACCUGGCGGCGGCGCACGGCCACCGGCCCGUCGUGCAGCUGCUUCUGCGCUCCAAGGCUGAUGUCAACCUGACCAAUGAGCAUGGCAACACGCCGCUGCACUACGCCUGCUUCUGGAGCUACCAGGGCAUCGCCGACGACCUGAUCCAGGCCGGCGCGCUCGUCACCAUCGCCAACCGAUUCGGCAAGAUGCCGCUAGACUGCUGCAAGGGCUCGAUGGCGACCCGUCUUCACGAGCUGGCCGUGCAGACUGGCCAGGAGCUGCGCCGGAUCGAGUACAAGGACCAGAGCUGGCUGGGCAUGAAGACCAGGAGCCGCGACGCCACACUCUCGCGCCACAAGGGCAUCGCCAUCAACGACCUCAAUCUGCACGUGAAGAUCGCCACGUCGCCGACGGGCGAGACGUGGCGCGGCAAAUGGCAGGGCAAUGAGAUCUGCGCCAAGAUCCUGGCGCUGCGCGAGUGCACGGCACGCAUCAGCCGUGACUUCAACGACGAGUUCCCCCGCCUCCGGAUCUUCUCGCACCCGAACAUCCAGCCAGUUCUGGGCUGCUCCAACUCGCCUCCCAGCCUGGUGGUGGUGAACCAGCUGAUGCCGCACGGCAGCCUGUACGACGUGCUGCACCGGCGCACCAACAUCGUGGUGGACACGGCGCAGGCGCUGCGCUUCGCUCUGGACGUGGCACGCGGCAUGUGCUUCCUGCACAGCCUCGAGCGCAACGUGCCCAACUUUCACCUGAGCAGCCGACACGUUAUGAUUGACGAGGACAUGACCGCGCUGCUGAAUAUGGCCGACGCCGAGUUCAGCUUCCAGAACAAGGGCAAGGUGUACUACCCGCAGUGGUAUGCGCCCGAGGCUCUGCUCAAGAGUCCGUCGCAGAUCAACCGCCACGCGGCCGACAUGUGGAGCUUCGCCGUGCUGCUGUGGGAGAUGGCCACGCGGGACGUGCCGUUCGCCGAGUACUCGGCCAUGGAAAUCGGCAUGAAGGUGGCCACGGAGGGUCUGCGCCUGGUGACGCCGCCCGGCAUCUCGGCCCAUAUUGCACGCCUCAUCACAAUCUGCAUGAACGAGGACCCCAAGAAGCGACCCAACUUCGACCAGAUUGUGCCCAUCUUGGAGAAAAUGGUCGACAAAUAGGACGGGGACUCCGUGGUGGCGGGACCGGGCGCCCGCGGCCUGAGCUCCGCGUCAGCCGCUCUCCUCCCCUGCCCUCUCCAGCCGGGCACCUGAGCCUCCCUCGCGCACACACUGCCGACGACCACGGCUCGCUUGCCGAACUCCCAGGACUUCCGGUCCCCUCCCGUCGGCCCUGCGGGAAUCCUGCCUGCUCCUCCUGUCGGCCCUGCGGACCUCCUGCCUCCUCCUCCCGUCGGCCCUGCGGACCUCCUGUCUCCUCCUCCCGUCGGCCCUGCGGACCUGCCUCCUCCUCCCGUCGGCCCUGCGGACCUCCUGCCUCCUCCUCCCGUCGGCCCUGCGGACCUCCUGCCUCCUCCUCCCGUCGGCCCUGCGGACCUCCUGUCUCCUCCUCCCGUCGGCCCUGCGGACCUCCUGUCUCCUCCUCCCGUCGGCCCUGCGGACCUCCUGCCUCCUCCUCCCGUCGGCCCUGCGGACCUCCUGCCUCCUCCUCCCGUCGGCCCUGCGGACCUCCUGCCUCCUCCUCCCGUCGGCCCUGCGGACCUCCUGUCUCCUCCUCCCGUCGGCCCUGCGGACCUCCUGUCUCCUCCUCCCGUCGGCCCUGCGGACCUGCCUCCUCCUCCCGUCGGCUUUGCGGACCUCCUGUCUCCUCCUCCCGUCGGCCCUGCGGACCUCCUGUCUCCUCCUCCCGUCGGCCCCGCGGACCUCCUGUCUCCUCCUCCCGUUGGCCCCGCGGACCUCCCGUCUCCUCCCGUCGGCCCUGCGGACCUCCUGUCUCCUCCUCCCGUCGGCCCUGCGGACCUCCUGUCUCCUCCUCCCGUCGGCCCUGCGGACCUCCUGUCUCCUCCUCCCGUCGGCCCUGCGGACCUCCUGUCUCCUCCCGUCGGCCCCUCGGAUCUCCUGCACAUGUUAGGUUGUCCGCAUACACGGCUGUAGCAUAUCUCGCUGGUUGAGUGGUUCAGCUGCCCAUCAUAGAUCGCUCCCGGAGCUCCCUUUCGCAUCACAAUGUUCACGGGCCGGGACCGGCCCGCGCCUCUUGUCGGCGUCCUGAGCUCCCAGCGACCGUCUUCCCUUGAGGCCUCUUUUUCAGUAACCCGAGCGUGUGGUGCUUUGCGGUGCACCUGUUCGGCGUCCAGGGCUUGCGCCACGUGUCUCGAGAUUGCUGUCCGGGCCCCGACUGCGGCGGUGCCUCGGAACCUCCUGCCACGUCACCCGCCACGAACCUGUUUGGUAGCCCCACAUUUUGGCUAACAUUGCAUGCCAUGUCGACGAAGCAAUCCUGCUGAAGAAUGAAGUAGCCCAACACAUGUUUUACCACUUUAUGUUAAUAUCGUUCCUUGGAGUUUGGCGGCCAAGGACUAACCGAAGAUAAUAAUUCGUCUGAUGACAUGGCCGAAAUGUGCUGCCAUAGCUGCAUGAUAUUGGCGCUGGCUAGUUUGAUUAUAUAUACAUAUAUAUAUAUAUAUAUAUAUAUAUAUAUAUAUAUAUAUAUAUAUAUGUAUAUAUAGUGUAUGUGUGUGUGGUCGCUGACUACGUACUAUCAUCGUCGCCGUUGUGUUACUUUGAAUGUCACCAUUGUCUCGAGCAUAACCUAGAAAUCGUGCAGACUUACGGUUUCUGGAGAAGGAAAAGCGGAAUCUCUCGUGCUUCUUUGGCAACCAAUUUAAAGGUUUGCAAGGAUCCGAAUGCGUGUUUCAAAUUGAUAUUCUGUCAUCCAUUGUCCAUUGCGUCAUAGUCGUCAAGCUGCGGUCGGUAGUUGUGUGGUGGCUUGUGUGUAUGCUUGCAUGUGUAAGAUGGUGCUAACUGUGUGCCUUUGAUAAAGGUAAGGAGUCAAAACAGACCUUAAUAAAAAUGGUACUAACAAU